AUGGAAUUAGCCAUAUAUAUCAUGAUGGCGAUACUCAUUGAUGCAUUCGGGGUUUUUCCUUUUAAGAAAACUCAUUUAUUCUUGUCUCCCUUAUUCCCGAUAAUCCUUGGAUUCAUCGAAAGAAAAGCCUUUGUUCCUCCAAAGAUUUUGCUAAUAGAUGAAGUAUUUGAGUCGGACACCAUCGACGUUCAACUUCAUGAUUUUUUCAAAAGAAAGCCAGUUUCAAGAUGCAAAGAUGAGUUUCUUAACGUUCUGUGUGAAGAGAGUGAUGACGAACCACUGGGAGGUGAAGGAGAGCAUGCACCAGUUGAGUCCAAUAGUUAUGGUGAAGUAGAUGAUGAGAAAGACACUGAAGAAUCUAGUGAAGAAGAUAGUGAUGAAGAUCAAAUCGAAUAUUCCAUCCAUGAUCUGAAGGUCAAAUGGAAUGUUAUAAAACCAGUUCUCGGAGAAAGGUAUGAGUCCAGACAUCAACUCAUAUUAUAUUUAACAAAUUAUUCCAUCCAUAAGGGUUAUAAAAUUCGUUUCAAGAAGUGUGAUAGUGUUAGACUAGUGGUUGUAUGUGAAAGUGAUCCAGAAAAAUGCCCUUUUUAUGGUUCGUGCUUCAUGGAUGAGUACUGCUAA